UGAAACUUAUUCAACGCAUGACUGUACUGACCCACUUUUCGUGCUCCAGCUAGCUGGAUGAAGAGGAAACUUUGCAUUUAGCAGGCGGCAUCAGAGAAGGUUAUGGGCCGUUUAACAUGCAGGGUCAUUAAUCAAGCGACCUCCAGUUCUAAUUAGCUGCCACACACGUAUGCAAACAGUUGCAUCUGGCUGCUGAGGUAGUCUGUUUGUAACAGGACGCAGACAAGCUCUGAAACCGCCCAACCAAGUCCAGUGUUAGAUGUCCUCCUGCAUUGUAUCAUCUCUCUUGGACAACACUGACCUUGGCGCAGAAUAGAGAUGUUUGUUUGUGUUUGUUUGCCCUAGCGGAAGACGGUGCCAUGCCCUGUGUGCUAUGAUUGAGAGUCUCAAAGACACCUGAUGGUGGUUGCGUGGCUCUGAUAAGCAGGGAGGAAGAAUUACUGCCUGAGGCACCGAUGCUCAAAUAAGAAGGUGGCUGAUCGUCAUCAGACUUUUUAGAGUCGCAUCCUCAAAUAAGUGACACACAAACGCAGCUUGUGCUAAUUGCAAAGUGCACACGUGCGUCUGUCUGACACGUUGUCAGAGCAGAUUAAAGUCAGACCUUUUGUAGGUCAAGUCACUUUGACUUACUUAGCUUUGACAGCGUCAAGUGGCCACCAGAAAAAAAAAAUGUGUGACACAGCAAAAAUACCAACACCUUAGACGAAUACAUCACAUCAGUCCGCCUGCCUGUCAAAUAUAAAAGUUGCAUGCUGACUUCUUCAUCACCUCUCAUGAACGCCUUCCCCUUCUUCUCCACACUUCAGCCCAACACACCCACCAUCCAGUCGGUGUGUAAGCCCUGUCUCCGGGCCCCGUGGAGAAUGAACGAUGUACCCACCCUGGACUACGAGUCGCUGAUGUCCCCGGCCAGCUCCUCGCUGCCCAGCAGUCCAGGCAGCGGUGGCAGCAGCCCUCCCCUCGCCUUGGUCGCGGUGGACACAGAGCAGCGUACAGCCUUGGCCUUCGUUGGCCUCCUCAUGCUUUUCUUGGUCUUCCUGCUCGUCAGAUGCUUCAGGAUCCUGCUGGACCCAUACAGUCGCAUGCCUGCAUCAUCCUGGACUGACCACAAGGAGGGCAUAGAGAGGGGUCAGUUUGAUUAUGCACUGGUGUAGGCCACAGAUUACAUAAUUUUUUUUUUUUAGUUUUCCUCAGAAAGUGAUGAUACAUAGUGUACUGUUGUAAAUGCACUAGCAGAUGGGUCAACCUUUUGUUGGUGUAAAUGAAUGCUGCAGGACUAUUUAUCUACAUCAAGUGUUGUUCAACACAGGAUUCACCUGGACAGGCAAACCCUCGCAGUGCUGUGAAAAAGUAUGUGCCCACUUUCAGAUUUAUUCUGUUUUUGCUUUUUGUUUUCUUGUCACAUUUUAAAAUCUGUUUCAUAAUUUAAAACUUUUAAUAUCAGACCAAGAUAACUCAAAGAAACUUACAAAAGAUUUAAUUUGUUUAGAGCAAAAAAUCUCUUAAAUUUAACUUGCUUUGCCACUUUUGGCAGCAAUAAAUCUAACUGAGUGUUUUCGAUAACAGAUGAGGUAUCUUUAUUCAGAAUUAUUUUCAUUCAGACAUACUGUACAGUUUUUAAGCAUGAAUAGCUUGUAGUGUAAGAUACCCAAGCAUUAGGAAAGCCUUGUAGCCUUUUUCAAAUUGAUGAACUUGAAAACCUCUCUCUGAUCUGAUCUUGAAUGUCUUUAGAGAUAUUUUAUCCUACUUCAUGUUGAAUUAUUUGUUGAUUUAUUGAUUCAACAGGUCUGAAAGGACUCACAACUCAGCGGUGACUAUGAAAAUGAGUUCACCUUUUAAAAAAUUAAAUGAAAAAUACAUUUUAUUGCGACAGUAAAAGAGGCAAAAACAAAAACAAAUCUGUAAGGGUUUUUUCCCACAGUACUGUAGAAACUGGGCCAUUAAAUGACAGACAACAACUGCCUUAACCUGACCUACUGUAACAGCCGAUGACACCAUCCACCCACAGCAUCACUAUUUUUAUCGGUUUUUGGUUGUACACAAUAUUACUUUACUUCACAAACUCAUGCUGCUUUUUUAAUUCACUCUGUGCUUAAUGCAGACAGUUAAAAGAACUCAGGUGUUGGAUGGACUCAGAAAAAAGUUAGUCUUUAGCAGAUGCCCCUUUAACUAGAUCCGGUCAAGUGUCUAAGUUUUCACUUCUAAUCCAGGAGCUCAUUUUACUCGCUGAUUCUGAGUUUUGGCUUCACGUUUUCAAAAAUCCAUGCAAAUAGUUUCUACAAAACCCUGACGGUCUAUGCUUAAUGUGUUGUGUCUACACUGAGAAGCCAUAUAAAAAAACAACACACAAAAAACUAGUUUGUUACUGCAUGUAGAGGGUUAUGUUCCUGUUUUUGUGACAAUGAAACAAACUGCAUCAAUUAGGACAAAAAUUAUUUUUCUAAUCUCGACUCAAGUUUUGGGAGUCUCCUUUUUUCUAUCUUUUUGUCUCUUCCUCCUAACAUACCAACUUUUAGACAGAAACUUCUGAGGCCGUCAUGCAGCCUUGUUUUAAAAGGAGGCAAAACAAACAGCUUGGCUUUUUGUGAGUGUGUUUUUCUGACAGUUGGCUUUCUUUUUCAAUGCUGGGUUAAAUAAGAAGAUGAGAUCUCUUUCUUGCAGAAUUCAUAUGUGCUGAUCUGAGGUAGAAGUUCACAAACCGUAUGGGAAAUUAAAUAAAAAUAAA